AUGAAUCAGACGAUCACGUCGACAGACAAGAAUAACGUAUCACUAGGUGGAAUAGAAGUUCGCAAUUAUCAACAGAUCGAAAGCACCCAAAUGUGUCAGAUAUGUCAACGUGUGCUACUAUACCCUUACCAACUCUUGUGUUGUGGUAUUCGACUGUGCAGGUGGUGCUCCAAAAACGGACUUUCUAACAAUCAACCAUUCGUCUGCCCGUUUUGUCGUGAAGAACAACAGAAGAAACAGAAUCAGGCUGAUCGCGGUGCAGCGCGAGAAUUGAAUACAGUCUUGGUUGACUGUUAUGUAUGCGACUGGAGUGGAAUGUAUCGAGACUAUCUUGAACACUUGGGAAAGGAGCAUGCUGUGUUGAAAUGUGCAGAUUGUGAAGAAUGUUUUGUGGCGAAGAACUUAUUGGAAGAACAUAGAGAAGAACAAUGCGAAUAUCGGAGUGUGCGAUGUGAUUUGCUUGGAUGUGGCGAAAUGGUUUUAUGGUCCAAUGUAGAAGCGCAUUACUCAUCUACGAAACAUCAACACCUUCUACUAGAAUUUUUAAAGCAAUAUUUAGGUUAUAAACAUACGCCAAGCCGCAUUAAAUAUGAACAACAAGUCGAAUAUCAAGAACUUGUAGAUACUCUUGUUCCAGUUAUCGAAAUAUUAGCGGAUGAUUGGACACGAUUAAAAUCAGAACUGGAUGAAUCGAAAAACAAAACCGAGCAACUAUGCUCUGAAUCAAAGCUGGAAGAGAGCACUUCAAAGAAUUUAGCCAAUACAAAAAAAUCCUCUUCAUGCUUUCAAACUGUUCUUUUGGAUAACGGUGGAAUGGCUAUUUUUCCAUUUACUUUACAACCAGGUGGUAUUAAUUCACCAUUUUCUCUCACUUCACCGAUCUGCAAAACAGCACCGUGUGGUUAUUCGUUUGUUCUCAACACGUUUCCAACAAUCAAUGAAGAAAAUCAUAAUGAACGCUAUUUAUCGGUUUCCAUUGAGCUACUUUGCUCAGAAUAUGAUGCCAUUCUAUCGUUUCCGUUUCCUUACAAGAUAUUUUUAUGUUUACAUGAUCAAUCUGGACAAGGAAAGCAUAAAUCGGUAAUGAUACCAUCAUCAGAUUGUGAAGUGCUGAUUCGACCAACCAUUAUUUGGCAGAAGUAA